UGCAUUAAUGAGAGACUGCUGGAGACCAAACAGCCAUUUUAAAGAUUUCAACUUUUGCUGUCCUUUUUCCCUUUGUUGCACAUUGCUGUACCAGGCAAGAGUUACAUUUAAGUCUCGUGUGUCAUUCCUGGUGUGUUUUCCCCCAUUAUUCUGGAAAGUUUAAUGAAACAAUGGCAGCGGUACCACUCAUAUUCUUAUUACUUUCAUUCUUUACAAGUAUCCAGGGAGAGCCACAGUAUGUAAUGCAAGAUGCUGCCCUGGUGCAUUACAUCGACCGCCGAAUCCUUUCAAUAGAGAACAGGCUGGAGAAGUGCAACAAAGAUAUAGCCGAGUAUGUACAAGAAUUUUGGGAGUUUUCUAAGAAGAUGAUGUCUCGCCUGGAAGGACUCAACAUUUUAACAGCAGAACUUAAAAAUGACAUGGACCAUUUACUAGCAAGAAUGGAAAGAGCUCAAAGGGAUAUUGACUACUUUGAAUCAGCAAAAGAAUCUUCUAACACGUGCGUGGAAAUAGAUGAAGAUCUUCUGGAGCAGCAAUUAAUAGAAGACGAAGAGUCAAAAAGGAAAGUCAAGGUCAUGCUUAAUGCAAGUUGCAACUACAUGCUUGCAGGCAUCAAAUCCCUAAAGAUAGUAAAGAAGGCUGGAGACACUGAUGGCUCAUGGUUGAAAGACCCAGGCAAGAACUACCAGAAGAUUUACUUCUUAAGUGGGACAAAGAACAAAACCGUUUUAGAGUUUGCAAACAGUCGUGUUUUUACUGAAAGUGGUAAGACACAAUCCACUCGGAGACUAACUCUCCCAUUUCCCUGGCAAGGAACAGGCCAUGCCAUAUAUAAUGGUUUUCUCUUUUAUCAUAGACAUGGCUCCUUAAAUGAGCUAAUAAAAUUUGAUAUUCAAAAAAGAAACACAACUGACCAGAUGCUGUUGUUAGGUGUGGAUGAGACACCUGCCUAUAAACUUAACCCUUCUACUAAAAUAGACCUGGCUGUGGAUGAAUUGGGAUUAUGGGCAAUCCACACGGAAUCAGAUAUUAAUGGGAAGCUAGUCAUUACUAAAAUUGACCCUGAAACUAUGACUGUGGAACACACCUGGGAUACAUCCUGUAAAAGCCAUAAUGCUGAAGCAGCUUUCAUGAUGUGUGGUGCUUUGUAUGUUUCAUACAACUCACCAGAUGGAGGCACAUCUCGCAUAGAAUGCAUUUAUGACACUUUAGAAGCUAUCAAUCCGCAUGAAGUCCCCCUGCUUCAUUUCCCCAAACGUCAGACAAGUCAUUCCAUGAUGCACUAUAAUGCCAGGGAAAAGCAGCUCUUUGCCUGGGAUAACGGGUCCCAGGUGAUUUACAAAUUCUUGACAAAACAAAAAACAUAAAUACUACAAUGAAUAUGUAAAUACUAGAUUAAGAAACAAAGGCACAGAAUAUACUUAUUUUUCUAUUUGAUCUUAUUUGAGACUUAAUUUUACAGCUAUUGUGCUUUAAAAAAAUAAGAUUUGCACCCCAGUCCAGAGAUCUAUGGAAAUUGCUGUGCUCAAGGUAGGCUAUCUCCCUCUUUCCAAAGAGAUAAGGGGAAAAACAGCUCCCUGAGUGCAUUACCAAGUAUGUAACUUGUUGCUGUGCUUGUGGAUUUCAGUGCAAGUUUUCCACUGAACACAUAGCUGGACUCCUGGCUGUAGAUGAUCACCCAGCAAUAGAUCCUUGUAUGUGCAGUAGGGGACAGCCAUACACAGACAGAAGCUCCUUUAACUGGGUGGGUUAGGAUCCAUGUAUAACAUUUUGAUUACUCUGUUUGUAAUAUUGGCUAAUCCUGGUACAUUUUAAAUGGAUAGCGGGAUUAACAUCAAAUUCAGGAACAGAAUACGUGUUGACUAUUCUAUGUACUGCCAUUAUUGACUUCUUGCCGGUGGGGGGGGGGGGAGGCUAAAUGGAAACAAACAGGCUUAUGGCAGGAAGAGGGAUUUAUGUGUGAGUGGGGGGGGAGAGGGCUCUCACCACCCACUCUCUCCAAGACAACUAUUAAGGGGAACAACCACACCCAAGUUGGGCCAAAGUCCCUCCAAUACAGCCCUGCUGCCUGCCACCCCAGUGCCCCACCAGCCUGCUCAAUUAAACUGCUCAAUUACUCUAGCCCCAACAGGCCCUGAAUCCCUGGCCUGUAUUGUGCGCUGCAACCGCCAGCCGCCUCCGACAGCCUCCAAGAGCUGACUGCUUUCGCUGCUCCAAGGCCCUCCUGACGAGCAGCUGUUGCUGCAGAGGGCCUACCCUUCGAUGCUCGGGGAACCCUGGAGCAAAAAGCCUCCUGCCUCUCCGAGCGAUCGAAGAGACUGAGGCUGGGUAAGGGCGGAGCAGCCAGUAACGGCUCAAGGCUCCGCCCCCCCCAGCAAAGCCCCGGAUGCCCAGGAAGGGAGACUGUCUCCUUUCCACCGGGCGGGGCUCCAAAGGACGGCUCCCAGCUUAAGCGGCGUUCUGCCGCGCUGGGAGAGCCGCAUUAACUGGGUGGGUUAGGAUCCAUGUAUAACAUUUUGAUUACUCUGUUUGUAAUAUUGGCUAAUCCUGGUACAUUUUAAAUGGAUAGCGGGAUUAACAUCAAAUUCAGGAACAGAAUACGUGUUGACUAUUCUAUGUACUGCCAUUAUUGACUGUGAACUUGUUAAUGUAGAGAAUAUAUUUCUUUAAAUGUUCAAUAAAAGUGUAUACAUUGGCACACAAAA